AUGUCGGCCAAGGGGCACUACCUCCUCAAGGAGGACAAGGAGGGCCCUGAUCAGGAUGCAGUCUAUGAGAAAUUGGGACUGCUUCUGCUGGCUGUGGCCUCCACUGCCCCAGGGAGCAUCUUCUCUAAGCAGCUCCUUUUCUCUUUCCUGGUUUUAAUAUUAUUUUGCGAUGCUUGUCAGAAAAUUUCUCUUCAAGUUCCUUCUCCUCUUCAGGCUGAAGCACUUGUAGGCAAAGGAACUUCAGUGGGAAAAGUGACUGCCAUAGACCUCGAUGAACCUGAUACUCUACAUACUCGUCUGAAAUGUAAAAUCUUACAGCAAAUUCCAGACAAUCCAAAGCAUUUCUCUGUACAUCCAGACACAGGUGUCAUCACCACCACUACACGUUUACUGGAUAGAGAAUCAUUGAACUAUGAAGUACAUGACCAAAUGGUUUUGCCAAUUGGUGUACUUAACGAAGCACAAUUCUCUAAAGCAGCAAACUCACAAACUCCUGCUAUGUGCACUACAGUUGUCACUGUUAAAGUUAAAGACCAUGAUGAGGGCCCCGAAUGCCAACCACCAGUAAAAGUUAUUAAGAGUAAAGAUGGCCUCCCCAUGGGCACAACACUCCUUGGAUAUGAAGCAGUGGAUCCGGACAGCAGCACAGCUGAGGGCUUAAGGUAUAAGAAGAUAAGAGAUGAAGAGAACUGGUUUGAAAUUAAUGAAUACACUGAUGACUUGAAAACUGUAAAAGUUCUAGAUAGAGAAUCAACAUUUGUAAGAAACCAAUACAAUGUUACCGUGAUUGCAAUGGAUGCAGAUAACAGAUCUUGCACUGGAACAUUAGUAGUUCUUCUGGAAGAUGAUAAUGAUCAUCCACCACAAAUUGAAAAAGAAGUGACAAUUUGUAGGCAUGAAAAGGAUUUUGCUGUUCUCAAACUUGUAGAUCAAGAUGGACCUGAUAACGGGCCACCUUUUCAAUUCAUUCUCGAUAAUUCUGCCAGCAAACUUCGGACAAUAGAGACAUUAACGGAUGGUAAAACUGCCAUUCUUCGUGAAAUGCAAAAUCUUGAUUAUAACUAUUAUUCUGUGCCUCUCCAAAUAAAAGAUAGACCUGGCGUUUCUGCAGAACACAUGUUAUCAGUGAGAGUAUGUGACUGUACAAUUCCAUCUGAAUGUAGAAUGACUCCUAAAGUUCUGAGAGAUGCAAGGCGAUCAAAUGCAAUACUUGGAAGAUGGGCUAUUCUUGCCAUGGUGUUAGGUUCUGCAUUGUUGUCAUGUAUUUUGUUUACAUGUAUCUGUGUUACUGCUAAGAGUACAGUAAAGAAAUGUUGUCCAGAAGAUGUAGCCAAGCAAAACUUAAUUGUAUCAAAUACUGAAGCACCUGGAGAAGAAGUGAUGGAAGCAAAUAUUAGACUCCCCACACGGAAAUCCAACAUCUGUGACCCAAGAAUGUCUGUUAUCACACUUGGUGGCCAGGGAGUCAAAACACAUCAAAGUUUUGAGGUGGUCAAAGGCUGCUACACUUUGGAUCCCAUCAAAGGAGGCAGACAUCAGACCUUGGAAUCUGUCAAGGGUGUAGGACAAGGAGUGACGGACACCAGCAGAUACACAUACAACGACUGGCACAGCCUCACCCAACCUCGGCUUGGCGAAAAGGUGUAUCUGUGUGGAAAAGACGAGGAGCAUAAACAUUCUGAAGACUACAUUCACUCCUAUAACUAUGAAGGAAAAGAGUCUGUGGCCGGCUCAUUUGGCUGCUACGGUGAUCAGCAGGAAGAAGAGGGGUUUGAGUUUCUAGAUCAUCUGGAACCCAAAUUUAGGACCCAGGCAAAGACAUGUGUAAAGAAAUAA